AUGGCAACGGAGCCGCCAUCCCCUCUCCGGCUUGAGGCGCCUGGCCCCCCAGAAAUGCGGACCCCACCGACGAGCGAGACCGCCCCCGAGGGCACUCCGAAGCCGGCGGGCGGCAGGCUCCGCUUCCUCAACGGCUGCGUGCCCCUCUCGCAUCAGGUGGCCGGGCACAUGUACGGGAAAGACAAAGUGGGUAUACUGCAACAUCCAGAUGGCACAGUUUUGAAACAAUUGCAGCCGCCUCCAAGGGGUCCAAGAGAGCUGGAAUUUUAUAAUAUGGUUUUUGCUGCUGAUUGUACUGAUGAUAUUCUUUUAGAGCUACAAAAAUAUUUGCCAAAAUAUUAUGGCAUCUGGUCACCUCCUACUGCACCAAAUGAUUUAUACCUAAAACUGGAAGAUGUGACCCAUAAAUUUAAUAAGCCCUGUAUAAUGGAUGUAAAGAUAGGGCGGAAAAGCUAUGAUCCUUUUGCUUCAUCUGAGAAGAUUCAGCAACAGGUCAGCAAGUACCCAUUAAUGGAAGAGAUUGGGUUCUUGGUGCUUGGCAUGAGGGUUUAUCAUGUUCAUUCUGAUAGCUAUGAGACAAAAAACCAGCACUAUGGAAGAAGCUUAACAAAAGAAACUCUAAAGGAUGGAGUCUCCCAUUUUUUUCAUAAUGGAUUCUGCUUAAGAAGAGAUGCUAUUGCUGCCAGUAUUCAGAAGAUUGAGAAAAUUCUCCAGUGGUUUGAAAGCCAGAAGCAGCUUAACUUUUAUGCAAGUUCAUUACUGUUUGUUUAUGAAGGUUCAUCUCAGCCAACUACUACAAAAUUGAAUGACAGGACUUUGGCAGAAAAGUUUUUGUCCAAAGGUCAGCUCUCAGACACAGAUGUACUGGAGUACAAUAAUAACUUUCAUGUGUUAAAUUAUACAGCAAAUGGAAAAAUAGAAGCUUCAGUGGGUAAAAGCUUGUCCAAAAUGUAUGCUUGUCACAGAAAAAUGUAUUCAAAAAAGCAUCACAGUCAGACUUCAUUGAAAGUUGAAAAUAUAGAGCAAGACAAUGGGUGGAAAAGCAUGUCACAAGAGCGUUUAAACGGAAAUGUACUUUCCCAACUGGAAAAAGUUUUCUACCAUCUUCCCACUGGUUGUCAAGAGACUGCAGAAGUAGAAGUGAGAAUGAUAGACUUUGCUCAUGUGUUCCCUAGCAACACAGUAGAUGAGGGAUAUGUUUAUGGGCUGAAGCAUUUAAUUACUGUACUGCAGAGCAUAUUAGACAAUUGA